AUGCCCGUCCGACAAAAGUCAUGGGGCCUUCCUGUAAGGCCCCUGGAUCGAACAGCAACGACAAACCCCGACGAGAACGAGCUCGAACAGCAAAGUACCGAAGCUGCUGUCAAAUACUGGUUAUCGGAGGCAGAGAAGCUCCAGCCAGAGCAGCGCCUCCUUUUUGAGCGAGGCGCGGAAGCGGACAGCUACGAAGACUAUGUGUCGGGCUUGACCCGCGCGGUCCAGAAUACCACCAACUCGAGCAAAGUGUCCAGGCUCUCGAGGAAGAUGAAGCCCGUUUACGCACUGGUCAAGUCAGUCGCGCCGCUGGUAGCCUCCGCGGACCAGGCCAGCCCAUUCCCGCCAUCUCUGGUCAUCGGAGGCAUCACUUGCAUUCUGUCGGCCAGCAACCGCGUGGACGACUACCAAAGCAAACUCAUUGAGAAGAUGGAGGGAAUGGUCGACGAGAUUGAUUCUAUCAAUCAAUAUCGGAGAGAAGGGAUUUUUCAGGAUGAUCCUGGAAUCAAGGCAUGCGAACUGAACCUUGCCACUGAUAUUUUUCGAUUCUGCGUGAGAGUGGCACCCAUUUUCUACGAUGAGAAGGGGAAGGAAAGAAAUGGUCUUUCCGUGGCUGUGAAAAUGCAAUUCAAGGACUUCGACACCAAGUUCGGCGACAUCAUGACACAUUUCAAACAACACCUUCGUGCUCUGGAGAAUCGGAGAGGCUUGAUCAGCAAUAGAUGGACCAAAGAAACACAUUUCGGGGUCAAAGAAAUGGGACUCUUCAUGGGUAAAAACUCGCAGGACAAGAAGGAAGCGAUGGAAGAAAAGCUACGACAGCAAAAGCAAGAUGAGGACAACGAAAGAGCGCAAAGACGGAAAGAGUUUCUCGACUGGCUUCCCUUCAUUGACUUUGGAGAAUUUCACGACAACGCAUUUGAGAGAAGUGUUGAUGGUACAGGCGACUGGCUCACCAAGAACAACAACUACAAGGCAUGGAGGAACAGUUCAUCGUCAUCUAUGCUGUGGAUUCGUGGGAAGCACGGCUCUGGAAAAUCCCACUUGGCGUCCUGUAUCAUCGAAAAGCUAUUAUCGGAGGCAAAGACUGCUCCGGGCAAUGCUGUAGCAUUCGUCUAUUGUACCACGACACAGUCAAAGACCGAAAUGACACUCAAUAACCUCUUGGGCUCCCUUCUGAGGCAGAUUUGUAGACAGCUUCCACCAAGUCGGGAUGUCAAAGACUUGAUCUCGAAAGACGAUUACAGCAGCAAAGACUCUCCUCGGCGAAGCGAUCUCAAGAGUGGCAUUCUGAAAGCUAUAUCGGCAUGCUGCGCGAGUUCAAUCAUAGUCGAUGGUCUUGAUGAAUGCAGCAAACUGAACGACAGCCAUUUCAAGGAAUUUUGCAAUUUCAUUGCUAGUCUGGUAGAAAGUUCAGGUACUGUCACAAAGGUCAUAGUACUGAGCAGAGCAAAUUACGGCGAGAUCGACAAGAUUAUGGAAAAUGUCUCCUAUAUCAUAGAUGUCGAUACGGGCGCUAAUCAUGACGACAUUGAGAAGUUUGUGUCACAGACUGUCUCCGAAAUAAAUCCAGAGCCCUCGCAAGAAGAACUGGAUGAUUUUGAAGAAAUCAAGAGCAAACUCGUCAACAACGCAGCAGGAAUGUUCUUGUAUGUUCGUUUGAAGAUGCGAGAUUUUGGAGAUCUUGGAAAUGCCGAAGACAUCAGAGCUUCUUUGGAAGACACCGUGGAAGACUUAAACGAUUUGUACGGACAUGCCAUCAACUCAAUACUUGAGAAGCGUCCGCCCUUCAGAGAAAGAGCCCUGAUGGCACUCCUAUGGAUCACAAACUCUCGCCGGCCAUUGUCGAAGAUGGAGUUACUCGAAGCUUUAUCGCUCAAGCUUAAGCGAAAUGGCAUCAAAAGCAGCCAGAGGUUAAAGAGCGACUACCAAAUCUGCAGACAAUGUGAGGAUCUCAUUAAUGAGACUGGGGGCUUUUACUACCUCAUUCAUGGAUCACUCGAAGAUUACCUAUCCUCCAAUUCUGCCGGCUUAUCUGACUACGUUGCACUACAAUCCCAGGCUCACGAUAUCAUAGCCGAGGCUUGCCUCAGCUAUCUCAACUUUGACGACUUCCAGAAAACUCGUACGCUGGUACCAAGCGAAGUCGUUAGGUUGCAACAACAAUAUCCUCUGUUGCACUACACCUCGUCUCAGUGGGGGGGCCAUUACAAACAGGCCACUUUGCUCGGAAGCAGAGGAUCUGAAAUCAGAAGGCUUUCUUUGGAGCUUUUGUCGGUAGAAAACCUUGUCCAUUUAUGUCUCAAGGUUAUCAAUUCUCAUGAACUUGCUCCGGAAUAUCUGUUCCCUGUCGAGAACUACUUUGACCGAAAGCCAACCGCAGUUCAUCUCAUCUGCGCACUCGACCUGAGAAGUCUGGCUGGAUCGAUACCGCGCUGUGUAGAUCUCAUUGAUCAUUUCGAUCAUAUAGGAUGGGCUCCAAUCCAAUAUGCUCUGCACUUCCACAAUAAAGAUAUGUGUAUUUGGAUAUUGGACACUAUUCAAGAGAGACAGGACAAGCAAGCGCUGAUCGACCAGCUUGUUAGCGACAGAUACUGUUUGCUCCAUCAUGUCGUACAUCGAGAUUGGGACGAUGCAUUGCGGCAGUUGCUUUCCUUCAACUGCGAUCCAGAUGUUCGGGACCGCCACGGCGAAACACCUUUGCAUUGCGCAAUACAGUCUGGCUGCCAUCGUUCUUUUGAGAUGCUGCUUGCGGCGGGUGCAGAUAUGACCAUCGAAUCAAACAAUGGCACAACACCCCUGAUCGAAGCCGUUGAUAGCGGUGAGCUGAAGUUUGUCAAAGAAAUACUCGACAGAAUCACAGCAAGAGAUUCCGGUAGAGCCUCUCCUCCCAACUGGAAGAUUCAACCCGAAAACGUGCAGAGGCUUGAGCUUAUCGACCACAGUCGGCACAAUGGCGAAAAUGCCUUUUUGCUCAGCUGCGCUCUGGGACCUGGCUCCAUGGUGGAAUUGCUCCUCCAACACGGCGCAAAUAUCAAGGCUUUGAACGCUGACCCUGGAGGCGAAACCGGGCUGCACCUGGCCUGCACCCAAGGCCACAGGGAUGUCGUUGACGUUUUGCUCUCUAGAUGCGAGGCACCUGAACUAGUGAACGCAGAAGAUUUCGAAGGCUUAACGCCCUUACACAAGACCAUCUUCUGUCAAGAUCUUGUAAUUGCAAUCAAACUCCUGAGACAUGGAGCACAGCCCAAUCACGUCUUCAAGAACAGAUGCACACCUUUGAUGUUAUCGAUUCUAGGAGGGGCAUACGAAAUCGCCGAAGCCCUUAUUGUCGACUACAAAGUGGAUGCCCUUUCACAAACUCCCUACCACACCCCGCUACACUGGGCAGCCGAUGUUGGAUGGUCGCAGAUUCUCAAAAUCAUCCCGAAUUUGUCCAUUUGGUACCAAAAUCAGCACAGGAAACAUACACCUCUCCAUCAGGCAGCUAUGCAAAACCAGAUUGAAUUCAUGAAAGAGUUCAUAGAUCUGACUUCCACGACGUGCUUAUUUCCCCUCGACGAGUCUGGCAGAACACCGCUUCACACGGCUGCUAGAGGCGGUGCCAUAGAUGCUGUUGAAUUGCUAUUGAAGACCGAGCCUACCUCAUUGCAUCUCAGAGACGACAAUCAAUUUCUCCCACUACAUUUCUCUGCUUAUGAAGGACAUCUUUCUUGCACGAAACUCUUGGUUGUAGCAGGCAAUAUCAACGAGCGCGACAUACACGGCUGUACACCCCUCUGGCACGCCUGUAAAAGCGGACAUGAAGACAUCGUUCAGCAUCUUCUUGAACAGAAUGCUGACAUGAAUCUGUGCCAUGUGGAGGGAGAUUCACCUGUCGGUAUCGCAAUUUCAAAGUGCCACGAACGGAUCGCGAUCUGCCUUCUGGAUCGAGGGGCUGAAUGCCAGUCGCGGGGAUUCAAAGGCAAUACGCUACUCCAUAAUGCCGCUAUCACGGGAAGCCAAGCCAUUAUUGAGCACCUGCUCAAGCAGCCCCAGAAGCUGCCCAGAUUUGUGGUCGCCAAGGACAAAGCUGCGUACAUAUCGCCGCCGGUCUACAAUCACCACAAAUAUUAG